UAUGCACGAGUCUUAUCAAUUUCUUUAACCGCAGAACGCAAAUAACUGUUACAUGAUCGAACGAGCAAAAUGUGUUUAAAAGCGGUCUUUGUAGUAGCAUUACAGUCGAUGUUGUUCGUUUCGGCAAACUAUUCUAACGAAAAUGCAGAGAUUUUCCACAAACUGUCAGAACUCGAGAAUAAAGUUUCCGUGCUUACGGGGAAACUUGAGAGCUGUAAAUGUUCUACUUCCGAAGAUGAUUCAAUAACCAGAGAGGGACGUGCAAUCCCUGAAGGGCGGCAAUCACAAAUUGCUUUUCAUGUCCGUUUAACGCACAACAUCGUCAACCUUGGGAUACACCAGUCUAUUGAGUUUGAUAAAGUUCUUUUGAAUGAUGGGAACGGAUAUUCAAUUUAUUCCGGACAUUUCGUCGCCCCGGUUUCCGGUCUAUACGUCUUCGCCUGGACCAUUUCAUCUGGGGACUACCAUUGCAUUGUAUACGACGUUGUGAAGAACAAUGAAAUGUUGGUAUAUUCUAUAAGCGAUGCGAAUGAUCACAGGGAUUGGGCUGUGUCGUCAGGGACCGCUGUUACCCGGAUGAACGCAGGUGAUCGUGUCUGGAUACGAGUUUCCAAUAUAGAAAUCGCUUGUUCGCACUACGUUUAUGGUACUGGGUUGGGCACUUCUUCGUUUGCUGGAUAUAUUCUUAAUUAACAAAUACAUGUAUUAUCAAUUUGGAUUAUGUUUUAUCA